UCUGCCGUCUUGGAUUGGAUAUUGUAUAUAUACAAGUUUAUAUCGCAUAAAUUUCUUCAUCGUCCGCUCACCCAGACUCGGAAUCAAUCCCUUCCAAGAUUAUCAUUUCUACUGUGAACGCGAUACUGCUGGACACACAUCUCUAUCUUUUCAUUGCCAUAACUCUUUCGAAUGGCUGAUAUUAAACUUAUGAAGAAUUCUACUGUGAUUGUAUCCUUGAUCCCAGUAUCCCUUACCGACCUGGAGGCAAUUUGCGAAUUUGCAGAAGUGACUCAACCCCCCUAGAGCCCUCCCGUACAUUGUGUCGUCAAUCUUGGUUGUAUUCAUGGCCACCCUGUUUGAACAAAAUGAAGCACUACAAGCCAACUUUCCGGUGCGAGAUUAAGGGUGUCGCAGAGACCCAACACCUGCCGAUCGAACAAGAUGCGAAGGAGAAGCAAGAUGGCAUUGUGACAACAGCUGACGAGGUCACCGGAUACAAAGCCAAAGCAAGCCCUCGGCUGUUGGACAGGUGGCUGGACACAGUUGUCCGUAUUGCUGGGUCUGCACCGGUCUUUUGCUUUAUCGUUGGUGCUCUUCUCGUUUGGGCUUUCUUGGGCAUUCGUUUUGGAAAUUCUGCUAAAUGGACCGCUGUCAUUUCCGAUGUGCAGGCUAUCCUGUGCUACGUGUUCGACUCUUUCCUCAUGCGCCAACUGCUCCGCGAAUACUCCGAACAGCAGGAGGCCAUUGCUGAGAUGAAGUCGAGACGCAACAGCCAUGAGCGAAUGCUCGCGAAGCUCAAGAGCAAAUUGGGGCCAGAGGGAGUCAGCCAUGUGUCUCAGAUAAGCAGCAGUCGGCCCUUGGAUGCACUGGAUCAAGGAACACGGACACAAGGCUGGUUUGCGCGAAUGAUCAUCUUCUCCGCGUGGGCGUUCGGACAUAUCGUAACCGUGGGCAUGUAUUGGGUCUGCAUCUUUAUCUGGCUGGGCUUCGGACACUAUUGUGGCUGGACGGACCAGUGGCAGCUGUACAUUAAUUCGGCAACAUCAGCUCUAAUGGUCUUGGUAUUUGCGUUCCUGGAUUGCCUGCGGGAAUGCUAUGCCGACUAUGUCAACAAUUGCCUGGACGCCAUCUUCCGCCUAGACGCUACACUUGAGAAAGAGCUCCGCUGCAUCACUGAGGACCACCUACCAAACGAACCCGAGGUGAUCCAGCCGCCGCGUGAGAAUCCACUGCAAGUGGCCGUAUUCUACUAUGCCGACAUCAUCGGGACACUGGCCGGAAUCAUAAUUCUCGUGGCGGUCAUCAUUGCAUGGGCAGCUGUCGGACCGAUCUUCCACUUCAACGACAAUUGGUGGCUCCUGAUUGGCACAUAUGCGGGGUUAAUCGGUCUGUUCGACAGUUUCAUUCUGCGCAAUAUCCAAGGCAAAGUGAAGGAGUACACGGUCUGUCAAGUUCAGAGCCUGGAGAAAAGAGACAUGACCCUCUUCGCUAGGACGCAGAUGGCAAUUCCACCUAAAGAUGAUCUUGAUACAUCCUCUGUCACUCACCGAAUCUCGAUUGCCAUGGGAAAUGUCUGCUCGCAUCUGCUUAUGGUGAUUGCUGGCUUUCUGCUCACCAUUGGCUGUGUGAUUGGCUCAAGUGCGAUGCGGUGGAGUACGACGGGACAAUUGAUUUCGAAUAUUCCACCUAGUAUCAUCGAGACCUUUUUCAUGCUCAUCUUGAUCACUGGCCAGAAUGAUGCGGAUGCCAGCGCGAGGGUUGAUAUGACCAAUAUUUAUCACCGUCGACAGAGACUCCUCUGGUUUGUUAAAGACGCUCGGGAAUACCUGGCGGCUCCUCGAGAGUUAGUAGACCUCCCUGAGAAGGGCGACAGUUGAAUUCUAAAGGGUCUUGUGAUAUAGACACACAGAGAUUUAACAUUACUAUUCGUGAGGUAUCGAGGCUGCCUCGCUUUAACAUGCACUGCGGUUAGAUUGAUCCCUCAAUUUCCCCCUUCGCUCAACCGAUAGGGGCACAGCAUGACAGUUAUGGUUUUGUAUUUCAUAUUUUGUCUUUCUUCUAUUAUAUGUUCUCACCUCUUGUUAUUAAAUAUCCAAUCAAUCACAUCAACUAAACCCAGUAUAGAACACAAUAU